AUGGACAAAGACGCUCUGCGGGACAAAACGAUUCGGUCUAAGAGUGCCGAGUACUCUGUACACAAUCUGAUCGGAGCGGGCCGUUUCUCUCGGGUGUAUCGGGCUACAGAUACAGCCACCGGCAACGCGGUAGUGAUCAAGGUAUUGAACAGUGUGAACAUGGAAGAGCACCUCCGCUGUAGCCUGUACAUGCAAGAGCUGAGCCUAUUGAACAGGUUGAAGAGCAGUCCGGUGCGGGAGCGAUACGUUGACCUGAGGGACGUGAUCCAACUGAACACGGGCGUCAUUUGUUUUGUCAUGGAAAUGCUUGGCGCCACCUUGCACGCAGUGAUGUGUAAUGUAGGGACGUUACCGCUGUCCGUGUGCCGACUAAUCGUCAGGCAAAUCGCACAAGGUUUGGCAGGUCUGAAAGUCAUGGGGAUUGUGCAUGCUGAUCUCAAGCCGGAUAAUAUAAUGUUUUGCCCGGGCACAGUAAACAAUCACCGGGUGAAAAUAAUCGAUUUCGGUUGGGCGUUUUAUGCAAAGGAUGCGCACACUAUGUACAACCAGAAAAUUCAAGCAAUCCCAUACCGCGCGUCGGAAGUGUGCUUCCGGGGCAACCUGGGCCAUGGUCUGGAUCUGUGGUCAUUGGGGUGCAUCAUGCCAGAAAUAAUCACAGGCGCUAAAUUGUUCGACGCGACCAAAGAAGAACAGUUGGUCAAAUUGUUCAUCCGUACGCUGGACGUUCCCGAUUUCUUGAUAUCCAUCACAGAGAAACAAAAGGUGAGAGAAGAAAUUAAACCCUCUGUUGGUUGGAUUCGUUUCCAGGAUUUCAAAAUGGGUACAUACGAUCGACUACGUGAUCCACAAAAAACCAAGGAUAUUGCAUGGUUUGUGGAUUUAGUAUACAAAAUGCUGAAGGUAAUGCCGUACGAUAGGAUAACUGCAGCGGACGCGCUAUCACACCCAUUCUUAACGAUGUUGCACUUCAUCGAUUAUCCACACACAGCGAUGACCAGAAGAAAUAUGGAAAUUAUGAAGAAAUGUGCGCUGCAAGAAAUCUAAGCCGUUAUAUAACCGAAUGAUCGUUAAUAUCUAUUAUAAUUAUUGUUUUAGUGAAAGUAAAAAUCUAGAUUAAUUUAUUUUGUUAUAGUAUCGAUGCGUACGAAAUACGAAGUUUUUUUCUCUUGUCGUAAAACGUAAUGAUUGCUCUUCAAAAUUCUUCUCAAAUUCAUCAAAUUCUUGUGUAAAUGUGGUAAAACAAUAAUUUUUUCAGACUUCAUGUAAUACACGUAGAUAAAUGAAUUGUUGGUAUUUUUCGCAAAAGGGGAAUGUAGUUUUGAA